AUGGAGCUCACGCACACCCCACUCGCCGCCAACAGCUCCUGGUCCCCGGGCUGGGCCUGCGGCCUGGGCCUCCUGCCCCUGGUCUACUACAGCCUCCUGCUGGGCCUCGGCUUACCAGCCAACGUCCUGACGGUGGUCAUUCUGUCCCGCCUGGUGGCGCGCAGGCAGAAGUCCUCCUACAACUACCUCCUGGCGCUGGCCGCCGCCGACAUCCUGGUCCUCCUCCUCGUCGUGUUCGUGGACUUCCUGCUGGAGGACUUCGUCCUGCGCGCGCGGCUGCCCGCGGGGCCCGGCCAGCUGCUGGGCGCGGUGGAGUUCUCGGCCGUGCACACGUCCACCUGGCUGGCCGUGCCGCUCACCGUGGACCGCUACCUGGCCGUGUGCCGCCCGCUGCGUUACCACGCUGUGUCCUACCCCGCGCGCGCCCGCAGGGUCAUCGCGGCCGUGUGCGCCGCGGGGCUGCUCACGGGCGUCCCCUUCUACUGGUGGCCCGACCUCUGGGCCGAGGGCCGCGCGCGGCCCCCCGCGCACCACGCGCUGGUGUGGGCGCACUGCGCCGCCGGCUACCUGCUGCCCUGCUCCGUCUUCUGCGCCCUCAACUGGGCCAUCGUGCGGCGGCUGCGGCGGCGGAGCGCGCUCCGCCUGCGCGGCUGCCCCGCGGGCCGCACCACGGCCAUCCUGCUGGCCGUCACCGCCGCCUUCGCCGCGCUCUGGGCGCCGCGCGUCGCCGUCCUCCUCGGCGGCCUGUACGGCGCAGGGGGCCGCGGGCUGGCGCGCGCCGCGGCGGGCGUGGCGGACAUGCUGGCGCUGCUCAACACGGCGGCCAACUUCUUCCUCUACUGCUUCGUCAGCCGCCGCUUCCGCGCGCUGGCCGCCGCCACGCUCCGCGCGCUGCUCACCUGCCGCCCGCAGCCCGCGCACCGCCCCGGCCGCAGCUUCUCCAUCACCAGCAGCCCCUGGGUGUCCCCCGCCAGCUCGCACUGCGUCCAGAUGCUGGUGCACCAGUGCGAGCAGGACGGGUCGGGGCCGGGCCGCCUGCCAGAGCGUCCCUGUGA